UGUCAACUUAUUAUUAUUGCUCCGGACGGUUACACGAAGUGCAGUCAUAUACAACCUCAUAAUAUAUCUACCCACUGCGGCAUUGCGGAAGAGAAGAGAGUAUGAGAGCUGGAGGUAAAAGCGAGGAUAAUUAACGGAGCACGGGAACAGUGGUGAAAAAGGUCGGUGGGCCAGAGUGGAAGAGAAAAAUAAAUAAAUAGGAUCAACGAAGGAGGAGGACGCUCAAGAGGCGACCGCCGACGACACACAGACGCCAUGAUGGACGGAAUCUGCGAGACCAACGACAUCAUCAACAACGGCCCGGCCAAGAAGAGUAUUUCUAAUGAAUCGUCGCUGGAGCACAACGAAAAGCCACUGCAGGUCGAUAUCUCGGAUGCCCUCAGUGAAAAGGACAAAGUUAAGUUUACGGUGCACACGAAAACGUCGUUACCUGCCUUCCAAAAGGCCGAGUUCUUCGUCGUCAGGCAGCACGAGGAGUUUGUCUGGCUGCACGACCGAUUCGAAGAGAACGAGGAGUACGCUGGUUAUAUUAUUCCACCCUGUCCUCCAAGGCCAGACUUUGAUGCUUCUAGAGAAAAAUUACAAAAGCUUGGAGAGGGUGAAGGUAGUAUGACGAGGGAAGAGUUCAUGAAGAUGAAACAGGAGUUGGAAGCAGAGUAUCUGGCAACUUUCAAAAAAACUGUUGCCAUGCAUGAAAUGUUCUUGACUCGCCUUGCACACCACCCAGUGUUCCAGAAUGACCACAACCUUAGAGUUUUUCUAGAGUAUGAUCAAGAUCUUUGUGUAAGAGGUAAAAACAAAAUGGAGAUGUUUGGUGGAUUGAUGAAAUCGUUUUCAAAGACCAAAGACGAGUAUUACCUGUCUGCAACUGUCAAAGACGUCAAUGACUUUUUUGAUCAAGAAAUAGCAUUCCUUACACAAUACCAUCAAAACUUGAAAGACGCCACGAGUCGCGCUGACCGCCAAACCGUAAAGCACAAAGACGUCGCCGAUUCGUACAUCAAAGUCUCAGCUAUACUUUUACAAUUAGCCACAACAGACACGGGAAAGCUUGAAAAAUUAUUAACGAAAAUUUCCGAGACAUUUGAAAAGAUCCGGAAAGUGGAAGGGCGUGUGGCGUCGGAUGAGGACCUGAAACUUUCCGAUACCUUACGCUAUUAUAUGAGAGACACAGCGGCUGGAAAGAGGUUAUUGAUUCGAAGGUUAAAAGCGUUGCAUACCUAUGAAACAGCAAACAGAGCUUUGGAAAAAGCACGUGCCAAAAAUAAGGAUGUACAUGCAGCACUGGAAGUAUCAGAGGCAGAGCAAGCACAAACCGAAGCGUGCACAAAAUUCGAACAGAUGUCGUUGAAAGGAAAAGAAGAACUUCUUGAUUUUAAAACAAGACGAGUGGCUGCUUUUAAAAAAAAUCUCAUCGACUUGACGGAAUUGGAAAUAAAACACGCAAAGGCUCACGCAGAAUUGAUAAAAAAGUGUUUAACGGCACUUAGAGAUGAGUGAUUCGGAAUAAAAUAACUUUUAAAAUUAUCAAGACUACUUGAAGACUAACUAAUGCAAAUAAUAAUGUAUUUAUAAAACUACA